GGGCAAGGCGGGGGCAGCCAUGUUGAAGCUGCAGGCGAUGCUUGGGUGUAGCAAGGGCCUUGUGUAAGCGCAACCGCAGCGUGUGAGCGCCAUUCCCCCCGACGGUGCCUUGUACCAACAGCCUGGCCGCUGGCGGGUACAAGCCCCAUCGGUGCAGCGGGACGUUGCCCCCACCCGCCCCUGCCAUCGCUUGGUGUGGGGCGAGCCCAGACAAAAGGCCAAGGAGUCUCUCGCUGUAGGAGAAAGCGCAGAUCAUCCGCGAGUGCCAGAGGCCGGGGGCCACUCAGAGCCAAGUGGCCGUCAAGUGGGAGUUGCACCGGUCGGUCGUGUGCCGGAUAUGGCAGCAGAAGGAAAAGCUGUUGGCUGACUAUGAAGCCGGCCAGUCGAACGGCUGCCGUAAGCGCGGGCGGGAAGGAAAAGCCCCUGCCGUCGAUCGGGCUCUCUUUACCUGGCUCAAGGAGAAGAGGGCGCAGGGGGCACGGCUGGCUGGACCCGCAGUCAAGGAAAAAGCCCGUCAGCUCGCUGCUUCCCUUGGACUGAACGAUUUUAAGGCAAGCGAUGGUUGGUUUACCAGAUGGAAGAAACGCUUCAAUGUUGCCUGCAAAAAAGAGCAGGGCAGAAAACAGUCAGCGGGCAAACCCGCAUCUGAGCAAUGGCAGUGCGAAAAACUUCCUCAUAUUCUUGAAACGUUUUCUCCGGCUGACAUCUACGAUGCUGACGAAACAGGUCUUUAUCUGAAAGGGCUCUGUGACAGAGGACAUGGAAAAAAUAAUGAAAAGCUAGAAGGAGGGAAAGCGGCAAAGGACAGGGUAACUGUGCUCGUCUGUGCCAACAUGGACGGGAGUGACAAACGCCCACUGUUCAUGAUCGGGAAGUCAAAACGACCCCGAUGCUUUCCAGAGGAUUUCAGGAAACUUCCCCUCAAUUAUGUCAGUUCGGCGAAUGCCUGGAUGACAGGUGAGAUUUUCAUCAAUUGGCUGAAAAAGUGGGAUCGCCAGCUUUGCUGGCAGAGCCGUAAGAUAUGCCUCUUCCUGGCUAACUGCUCCAUACAUCCUCAAGGAGUGGUUCUCACUAACAUUCAGCUCGAAUUUUUACCCUCUAAUGCAACAUCUUCGAUGCGACCUAUGGCUCAAGGUGUCAUUGAGAACAUGAAGGGACAUUACCGAUCAAAAAUCACAAACCGGAUUAAUGUUGCUCUUGAUGUGGACCCCAACGCAGGUGUUCAGACAGUCCUGAAAACUGUAAACUUGCUAGAUUGCGUUCAUCUUGUUGCUGAGGCCUGGCAAGAUGUAAAGCCUACAACAAUUUCCAACUGUUUUCGGAAAAGCAGAUUUGUUGUGCCAGAGGAAGGUAUGCGAGACGAGGGUAUUGCAGAGUCUGACGACCCCCUAAACGAUGUCCCACUUCCAGUCAACAUGGAAAAAGAGGAUUUAGUAGCUGCUGUGGCUGGGGAUGAGGAUCUGCUCACGUUCAGAGAGCUAAGCGAUGGGGAAUUACUGCGCACUGCAGCAAGGCCAGAGAAACGAGCUUGUGUUGAUGAAACGUAUCAUAAUCCAGAGGAUAAUCAAGAGAGUGAGGAUGAUUUUGAUGAAGUUCCACCCCCGACAAACUCUGAGCUGUUGAAGGCUUUGAACACACGUCGGCACUUUUCACAGCUAGAGGGACUUGGGGACAGGGUCUACUGGGCUCUUUGGUACCUUGAAUCCCACCUUCAAAACAAAAUUGUGGCUGAGAAGAAGCGGAGCAAAUUAAGAGAGUUCUUGCACCCCAAAUGAAUGAGUUCCUCCAUGCUUAGUUUAUCAGUUGAUACACUGAUGUGGAAUAGUACUUUAAUUUAGGUUAUUACAGUAUUAUUAGCUUAGCAGAUGCCCUUAUCCAGGGUGACUUACAAAACACUACAGUACAUGCCAGUACAAAAAGUGUUUAUGAAAGGUGUUGUUUGUUGUCAUGGUUGAUGUUUGAUUGUUCUUAAAACAUAAACAGAAAAGUUGAUACUUUUA